AUGGAGGUUUUCUUACGGGCUGACCUCCUGUGCCUGACCCAGACUCCCAAGAGCCCACUCGUCUGUUCGGCCCCGUUGACCCAUGGCAAGCGCUUCCAGCUCUGGUCACUGGGAUUCCAUCAACCUGAGCGCCACCUGGCCAAGCGCCUCAAGCACAACAGUUUCUACCCAUUCACUGAGCAACAGCCCAACGUUUUCGUGCUCGAGUACUACCUGGACACGCUGUGGAAGGGGACACUGCUUUUCGUCGCCUGUCUCGUUGUGGUCAUCAGCGUCCUCAUGAACCAGGUACAAAGGCAGGAGACGUGGGGCAUCCCCGCGUACGGCGUGGUCAUAGGCUUGUGGCUCAUGAUCUCGUCACUACCGCUGCGUCGCCUGGUGCUGAACCACCCGCAUGGCACAUACCAUUUCUCCAUCCAAGGCCGCACCGUGUAUCAGGGCCCCAUGCACCUGGUCUACUUGCGCUUGGCCUUCAACUCCGACGCCCGUGGAAGGUGCUUCUUCCAGCUGGUCCUCUGUGGCUACAAGCUGGAGCCGCUGGUGCUGCUGCAGUUAUCCGAGCACUAUGAGCAAGUGGAGUACCUAGGCCGAUUCAUCGCCAGGAAGCUCAACAUCAACUACUUUGACUGCUUGGCUGUUUCCUACCGGCAUGUGGUCCGACACUGGCCACUGCGUACCAACACUGACUCCACCAGCAUAGCGCAGACCAGGAGCCAAACCUACAGCAAGAUGAGUUUGAACUUGUGAGGCUGCUGUCCACACCCCAUUGCCCCCCCACCGAGGGACUACAGCCUCCUUUCUUUGCCAUUUCUUACCCUUCCCCACCUACUAGUCUGACUUGCAGUAAAGCUUCCUCUCACCUGGA